AUGCCAUCCGUCAAGAGAUUCCUUGGUUUGAAAGAGCCAAUUAAUCCACUAGAGAAACAAACCAGACCUCAAGAUGAAGCAGAUCCGACAGUAUUAGGCUGGCUGAAUGAUGUCGUCCCUUCAGGCCCACGGCUGAUCCAACAUUCUGUCCGACUGUUUCCUUUCCUGAAAUGGAUCAAGCAUUAUAAUGUGCAGUGGCUAAUUGGAGAUCUGAUUGCAGGCGCUACUGUGGGUGCUGUCGUAAUUCCACAAGGUAUGGGAUAUGCUAAGCUGGCUGGGCUUCCCGUACAAUACGGACUUUACACAUCCUUCAUGGGCGGAAUUCUCUAUUGGCCAUUCGCAACAUCAAAGGACAUUACAAUUGGCCCUGUUGCUGUUAUGUCCACGGUGCUCGGAUCGAUCAUCCCAGAGGUGCAGCAGAUCUACCCCAGCAUUCCCGGCCCCCAGAUCGCCAUGUCAAUGACGAUCAUCUGUGGGAGUAUUGUCACCUUUAUGGGCUUGGCACGACUCGGAUUCAUCGUUGACUUUAUUCCUCUUCCAUCUAUUGCCUCCUUUAUGACAGGAUCAGCGAUUACCAUCUGCUCCGGGCAAGUCAAGACUCUACUGGGAGAGACAGCCAAUUUCAGCAAUCGUGGUCCAGCAUAUCAAGUAAUCAUCGACAGCUUGAAGAACCUUCCAUCUGCGAAGAAGUACGAUGCUGCUAUGGGAGUGACUGCAUUGGUCACGCUGUACUUGAUCCGCAGUAUAUGCACUUUCUGUGUGCAGAAGUUUCCCCAUCGCGCAAAGCUAUUCUUCUUCCUUUCCGCUCUUCGCACGGUAUUUAUCAUCUUCCUAUUUACAAUGAUCAGCGCUAUAGUCAACAUACAUCGACGUGAUGAUCCCGCCUUUGCCAUCGUUGGCCCUAUCUCUCGAGGUUUCCAGCACGCUGGUGUGCCGGUUAUUGACAGGAAUGUCAUCAAAGCCUACAUAUACAAUCUCCCGGCAUGCGUCAUAGUUCUGCUCCUCGAACACAUCGCAAUCUCGAAGUCUUUUGGUCGCAUCAACAACUACACCAUCGACCCAUCGCAGGAAUUUAUCGCUAUUGGCAUCACAAAUCUUCUUGGGCCAUUUAUUGGUGCUUAUUCCGCAACAGGCUCCUUCUCUCGCUCGGCAAUUCAAUCAAAAUCGGGUUCCCGAACCCCUCUGACUGGCUUGACCACCGCGAUAGUGGUCUUGAUAGCUAUAUAUGCACUGACGACUGUGAUUUUCUACAUACCUCACGCAGCGCUAGCGGCUGUGAUCAUCCACGCGGUGGGCGAUUUGAUCGUUGCGCCAAAUACUGUCUACCAGUUCUGGCGAAUAUCGCCACUGGAUGCUCUCAUCUUCGUCGUUGGCCUCGUGGUCGCGAUCACAAACACGAUCCCAAAUAGCAUCUACGUCACUGUUUGCAUUUCGAUCGCUGUUCUGAUCUUUCGCCAUGCAAAGGCUUCAGGAACCUUCCUUGGUCAGACUCAUGUUGGUGAAGGGCAGAACCAACGGCCACUGUUUGUGCCAAUGGAUCAAUGCGAUGUGCCUUCCGAUAUGAAGGCAGAGAUUCCACGUCCUGGAGUUUUCAUCUACCGGUUCACAGAAGGAUUCAAUUAUGACAAUGCUAAUCACUAUACGGACGCACUGGUACAGUUCAUUUUCAAACAUACACGCCGGACCAACGACCAAGCCUAUGCCACGAAGGGCGAUCGCCCAUGGAACGACCCUGAGCCUGGAAGAAGGGCAAAUAGUGGUGAAGAAGAUUUACCCAUACUACGCGCCAUCAUAUUAGACUUCUCAGCAGUCAAUAAUGUCGAUGUCACCAGCAUUCAAAACCUCAUUGACGUUCGCAACCAGCUGAACCUUCGCGCCGCCCCUCUUGAAGUACAAUGGCACUUCGCUCAUGUCGAAAAUAGAUGGACCAGGCGCGCUCUCACUGCAGCGGGCUUUGGAUAUCCGACCACUUGCCCCUCUGUGUCCAUGGCAAGGGGCAAGAAUGUGGAGUUCUCCGAGAUCCAAGACUGUGAAAGUCCCCAAGAUGUGGAAUUUGGCAAAGUCGGCGUGUCAUGCAAGGGAGCCGAGCAGUGGAUUGAGUCCGAGAAGGGCUCCUGUAAUGAUACAUUGCGCUCUCCGGAGUGUUCCAGUCGACCAUUUUUUCAUGUUGAUCUGACGAGUGCGUUGGAAAGUGUGGAUGCAUACAUAGCUGCGAGUCCAGCGCCAUAG